UAUAACUGCAAUAACACUUGCUUUGUUUGUAGUUUUGCACAACUUCCUGGCAAUAUCAUCAGUUGUAUAAGUAUCUGGUUGUUUUGACAAAACUCGAGACUAAUUGUGAUGAAUCGGUUUAACCCUUCCAACGUGCCCAAUUCUAAAAUCCGUCGACGAAUUUGAGUGAAAUUUAUUUCCAAUCGAUCAAAAAAUGUCACACGAUGCGUAAGCACUUCCACUGUUCCGAAUUAAAUUUAAAUCGGUAGAUUUACGUCGCGUCAACGAAGAAAAGGGUGUAUAUGGAGUUGUCAUCUGUGAUUACCUGAGACAAAAUUACAACAAAAUCCCACCACAAAUGGGUCGGAUUAACGAGACAACCGUGCAAAAUGGUAGCACUUACCUUUCAACAUAAAUCCCAUAAAGUCACCCUUCGAGCCGCCCUACAACAAUACCAUCCCCCAAUACGGUCCAAAGUCGUCCAAACGAUACAUUUCAUUCAAUAAACACAAAGCCAGGGGUUACAAGUUAUUGUUGCAGAUCCUCGACGUACCCCCACUUGCCAAGUCCUGCCCCUUUAACUUAUAUACCCUUGUACAUUUAAAUUUUGUUUAGUUAGCAAUUGUGUCUCAAGUGUCCUUAAGUGGCGAGAUGUGCCCUUCCUGCAAUAACGAAACCAACACUAAGUGCCCUAAAAUAUUCAGGCCAUGGGAUACCUCCUCCUCAACGCAAUCGAAACCAGAAAAACCUGGAUUUAGGCCAGUCGAUCCUGGACAUUUUUUACCGCCAUACAGCGACCCCGCAAUUUUGGAAACCCUCGCCACCGGCUAUGCCUUGGAGGAGUACGCCAGAGUGCUCAAUCAAGAGCACCAAGUGAAAAUUUUGAAUGCUCGGAAACAACGACCGAAGAAGUACAAGUGUCCGCAUUGCGACGUCGGAUUUUCAAACAACGGACAACUCAAAGGACACAUUAGGAUACACACAGGCGAACGUCCUUUCAAGUGCGACGAGAAGGAUUGCGGGAAGACCUUUACGAGAAACGAGGAAUUGACGCGUCACAAAAGGAUACACAGCGGACUUCGUCCCUUUCCUUGUACCCAUUGUGGCAAGCGAUUCGGGAGAAAGGAUCACCUUAAGAAGCACUCCAGGACGCAUUUUCAGCCAAGAGGAGUGUACGCUGUGCCCGUUAUGCUCCCGUUCGACGCUUGGGCCUCUGCGACCUACCCCUACGUGCCCCCCAUGUACGGGUUCUGAAUUCGACUGUGAUGUAAAUAGCAUUUUUUGUAUAUACUAUUUUUGUAAAUUUUGUGAUAGAGAAGCAAUUUUAAUAAAGUGACACGAAUGCGAUUUGAU